AUGUACCAGCAGCUCACUCUAAGUGCCAUCGACCAGCAACGAGCAGGCGUCCUGGAGCGCCGUGAACUACGCGUUGCGUUGGCCAUAUACUCGACGACGACUCCUCCCCCGGAUGGUGGACGUGUCGGCGAUGAAGACGGGGACGUAUGGGACCUGGACUUCCUUGUCAUAGCCCCCGACCAAUCUCGCUUCGCCGCAGGCCACGCGAGUAUCGAAGGUGACAAGUGGGGGGGCGUGACGUUCGAAGACACCGAGAUCCUCGUCGACGGCCACCGGGGGUUAGGGGUGCUGGUGCUCGGCCCGUCUUUUUCGCCGGUGCGCGGACUGCUUGCCUAUAAGUGUUGUGCAGAGGCGCCUCAUCCCCACUGCGUCGCCGCCACCACCACCAUGGCUUCUAACCACUCCGACCCUAAUGACGGCCUAGCGACCACCACCACGCUGCGUCCACUGCCCGUCCUCACCCGACCCAUCGAGUCGGACGCAAAUGCCGCGUUGCCGCUCGGUCUUGCCGCCGGCAUCGCCGUGCUCGGUACGAUCGCGUACUUUCUACACCGCCGCCGGUCCAAGGAGAGGCGCCACCGUGAUACGAUGCUGCUCGAACAACAGGCUGCCACGCACCAAGCCCGAUCCGCCCCACUGCCAGCAGCAGCAGCGUCUUCGUCCGUGCGACGAGGAGGAGAGUAUGCCAAGAUGGCGGAAGGAACGGCUCCCCCACGUGCCGGCGGCAAAAGCGCGUCCAAGCAGGCCAAAGCUUCUUCAUCCCAAAGGAACGUACGGUUGGCUGCUGGCCACGAAUGGACGACACACCCUGCCUUAACUGGCCUGUGGCUGCCUCCGGGCACCGAACACAUGACGAUGACACCGGUGCGCGGGUGCAGCAACGCCGUUACGGGAACUCUCGACGAUGGAACCAAGCUCAUGUUGAAGCGCCUGCCGCUCGAGUCGGCUCAGCUGCCUGCGUUCGUCGCCGCGGUGGGAGACGUCCGCCGCGUCGCCGCGCACGAGUCGAUCAACGGCAUCUUGGGCGUCGUCUUAUCCCACGGCGCGCUCAACGUGGCCGCGCCGUUCAUGGCCAAAGGCAGUUUGGGUCCGCUGUUGGUGGACUCAGCGAGACAGGCGGUGCCGCCCACUGUGCGCAAAUCGAUAGCGCUCCAAGUGGCCAAGGGGCUAGCCCAUCUCCACCACUCCAGGACCCCGUUCGGGUCGCUGCACAGCGGCAACAUACUCGUGUCCUCGGCCUCCCCGUCGCAGGUUCUCGUCAAGCUGAACGGGUUCGCCUUGUUACAUCGGCCGUUGUCGUCAGGCACGGCGCCCGUAGAAACGUUUGGCAACUUUUGCACAUCAUACAAGGCUCCAGAAUGGCUCAACCAGUCUACUCGAGCGCCAUCGCUAGCAUCCGACGUGUUUAGCCUGGGCGUCCUUUUGGGCGAAAUCUUCACGAGGACCCACCCCCAUGCCGCCCUGUUCCACACCAAGGGGUUCGUAGGGGGGGACCUACACCUUCUCCAGCUGGCCCAGCAGAACAAGCAGCUGCCGUUUCCGUAUGAUGUGGCGGCGCUCGAGGCGCUGACAUCAGCGGCGUUUGUCGACGUGAUGACGAGGUGUGUCCACAUGGACCCAGCCAAGCGGCCGUCGGCGAACGACGUCGUGGCGCGUCUGGAGGCAUUGGAGAUUCUGCAGAAUCAAGCAUCCGACACGGUGUAACUAGUAUCGACCAAGGGUGUCAUUCGAGCAACGUCGUGUCGACGUAGUGGUCGCUGUUGCUAUAAGGUGCACGACUACUACUGUACCGUAGAAACUAACGUUAUUAGUAUCAGAAACACAAACAAUGCGUAAUAUAUAGUUGGGUUGGGCCGUUG